AUGGAGUGUUUGCACGGAAAAGCUGCUUCCAAUUCAACUACAGACAAGGGUUCCUUUUGGUUUUGUGGACAGAAGCCCAGCUGUGGAUUUCUAUGUACAGAAGAGGACGGUUACCUGUUCCAGACAGCUCUGACAGCUUGGAGAGCCACAGGUUUGACGCAACCGAUAUGUGAGAGUCACCGAAAGCCCGCAAAGUUUCGUGUAGUUAAAGACAUGCUGAAAAAAUCUUAUGGGCGACCAUAUUUUAUGUGUGCAAGUCGGGAGAAUCCUUGCUCCUUAUGGAUGUGGGCAGACGAGAAAGAAAUCAAGAAACCGAAUUGCUAUCACAACGAAGAAGCGAGUCAAGAAACAAGGUCCCAAUACGG